UGGCUUACUAGUUACUAUGGUUUAACCAUUCCAACGAAUAUUGCUCUCACUGCUACCUUGAUCAAGAUGGUUCAAUUUGGCAUACAGGGAAAAACAUCCAUUACAGCGGUGGUGCUUAUGGAUUCAACUCUAGAGUAGCUUGCGCGGCGCCGGUUCUAAGCGGAGAGUUUCAGACGAUCGAUCCGGGCUCAAAACCGUUACCAUUCGUUCUCACAAUGGUCGGAAACAUCUCGUACGAAGCUACGUUCAACAACGCUGGCCUUGAUAUACCGCCUCUCUGCGCCAACGGAAAAUGCCUACCCUCCCAGUUCAACUGCACUAUGCCUACGUCUGACAUACCAGGUCGGGUAGGCACAUAUAACUGUUUUCCAGACAUAUCAAACGUGAUCGACACCGAGAAUUUUACAUUCUUCAGUGACGGUCGCAAUAGUCCAAUCACACCCCAAUCGAUGGUGUCUCUGGUUACGCGGAAUAAUGGGUCAUUCGACGAUUGGUCGUUUAUAAAGAAUAAUGUUAGCAAGAUCCCCGACAAUCCCAGCCGGGUCGAUGAAUGGACCAGGUGGCAAGUUGGUGACAAUAUCACUCUAGACGUGUCACUUUGCUUCUCCGAAUUCUUAUGGGACCUGUCCUAUGUGGAUAUGUCUACUACUCACGAUACAGUUGAACCUAUAGUCCCCUACGACCCUAAGCUGGAGACUAUCGAUACAACUGCCGUCCGGACCCUCCUUAGCGUGAACCUCCAGUCACAGACCCCGUCAGGCAGACAGCUCCUUACUAUCAACUCGAUUAGCAAUACGACAAUAAAUUCUAGGCUCCUUCAUUAUCUGGAUGGUGCAAUCACCUCAGGAAUCUUUGGUAUCCCAGAUCCUCCUUCUGGCAUUACGAUCAAUGGGGAUAGCGCUAGCUACGGGGUAUCGAGCAUCAACCCUUUUGUGGACUACGUGAGGGUAUUCAUGGACACCUUACAGUAUACCAAUCGACCUGCGCUAGCCAUACAAGCGGCUUUUACGAUUAUGGCCAUGUCGAUGCACUACACUAACCUGCCUACACUGGACAUACCUGCGAACGUGAGCAUAACUCAGGCUGUUUCCGUAACCGUGCCCGUGCGGUGGACGGGACUUGCCAUCGUUGCGGGCAUGGCAUGCGCCAACGUCAUAAGCAUCAUUGUCGUCACGUUUGUAUUUAUACUUCGGACCAGAUUCUCGAAGCAAGGUCAUAUUUGGCACACCAUUUCUCAGCUUAUUUCAGAGGAAGCGGUCGAUGUUCUACAAGUCAGUCCCCAGUCGCGAGAUGAUAUCAUCGUGAAGGAGAUAUUGAAGAGCGAUCCGAUAGUGGUCGUUGCAAGGUGUAAGAGAACCGGGAGGGUCCAAGUCCUUCGGAAAGAUGAUGUUGAAAACGGAAACGCUUAGUGAUACCCCAUUAUUGAUGUAUUCCCUUGUUUUAUUAGAUGACUGACGACUAUUUACGACAUUUC